AUGCCCCGGCCUUCUGUUAACCUUGAUCCUUACCAGGAGGAAAUUACUAGGCUUGUUUAUGCGAAUUCUACCAAUGAGGAUAUCUGUGCUUUCUUGCUAAAUACAUAUGGUAUUAGGAUCUCUCCUACUACUUUAUGUAGACGGCGAAAUGCAUGGGGUCUUCAUACUCCAUAUCUUACUACCAAAAGGAUACUCCUAAUGAGAUCAAUCCUAUCGUUAGAUACGCAGGAAAUCCUUCGUCUCUUACAAAAGAAGGGGAUACCAUCAUCUGAACGUUCUCUUUAUCGUAUACGGCAAAAGCUUGGUGUUAAGCUACGUGUUAACGAUGCUGCUGAACGAGCGUCUCAGGAAAGAAUUAUUGAGAGGAUUCUUACUGCAGAGGAUCAGAUUGGAGAUAUUGAAGGAUAUGGCCGACGUUACCAGCAAAUUCACCUGCGUAGCCAGGGAGUUUUCAUCGCAAGAGAUCGUGCCUAUGAAAUCUACCGAACUAUUAACCCAGAUGCGAUUGAUGACCGCCGGUCUGGCUUUCAACGCCGACGAGGUGCCUAUAUAUGCGAUGGGCCUAAUGCAAUUUGGCAUCUUGAUGGCUAUAUGAAAUUAGAACCUUUUGGUAUUGAAAUCUACGCAGCAAUUGAUGGCUACUCUCGAUAUGUUAUAUGGAUAUAUAUCGGGAUAUCUGCACGUACUGCAGUAAGUGUCCUUCGGCAGUAUCUUGAUUGUGUGAGAUCGAAUGGGUAUAUACCACGAAAGCUUCGGGUUGAUCUUGGUAGUGAGACGGUAUUGAUUGGUGAUGCCCAUCUUACUCUACGAGAAUCGCUUCUAUCACCAUCGAAUACUCCUCCAUCACCAUCGAAUGCUCCUCCGUCACCAUCGAAUGCUCCUCUAUCACCAUCGAAUGCUCCUCCGUCACCAUCGAAUGCUCCUCUAUCACCAUCGAAUGCUCCUCCAUCACCAUCGAAUGCUCCUCGAUCACCAUCGAAUGCUCUUCCAUCACCAUCGAAUGCUCUUCCAUCGACAUUAUCAUCAGUUUCUCGGUUUCGAAACUACUUUAUCUACGGGCGUAGUAUUGAUAAUCAACGUAUUGAAUCCUGGUGGGGGCAGCUUGCACAGUCAAGUCUCUUCGUCUAUCAUGAGUAUUUUAAUAUACUCUUAGGCGAUGGAAUCUAUUCAAAGCAGUGCAUUCCUGAGCAGAUAGUACUUCUUGCCAUCUACAUGCCUAUUCUACGAGCUCGCAUUCAAUCAUUCGUGAGCAGUGUAUGGAAUGUACACCCGAUUCGUAAACAGCCUAAGCGGCCACAUGUCGUUUCUGGUAAACCAAUGAUGAAUUACCACUAUCCUCCCGAAGGUAUUCCUGAUUGUAAGGAAUCUUUUGACCCUUCUCUUCUCCAGAGGCUCCAGGAGGAUGUGGCAGAAUGGGAUCCUGCUGAAUACCUUCCACCUUCUACACUAGCUUGGUGCCGUCUACAAUUGAUAGAAAUUGGCCAGCAAGAAGUGGGCGAGCCGUUUGACCCUGAAGACCCUCUCAUUCAGCUUCUAGGUGAUAGAAAGCAGCCAUAUCGGAAGGUAUAUGAGACUAUGCGUGCUCGGGCCCUUCUACACGACCAAUUAGGUACUUUACCUAUAUUAACACUAAGUAUAAAACCUACCGGUGCAUUCUCAUGGGGUCCGAGCGCCCAAUGGCAUCAGGGCGCAUAA